CUACUGUCAAAUGUCAAACUCACACUCAGUGAUUUUAAAAAUUGUGUGUGUGAAUUUAUUUUAUCAAAAAAAUUCUACUGAGAAUAAUUUUGUAUUUUUAUUUUCUUCAUAAAAAUUCAAAACCAAAUCAAAAAGUUAUCAAUUAAACAUCAAUUCAUAAAAAAAAAUCAUGGCACACGCCACAGCUCAGGGCCCAAAGCUGCUUUAUGGCUUCAAAAGACCCACACGUUUCGAUAAAGGCCUGGGCGCCGAACUGCCCGAUGCAUAUAGGAAAUUCUGGCGCGAAUGGCAACUCACAAAACCAACUGCUGUCCAUUAUAUCCCAAAGGAAGGCGAAUGGGAACGUGACGAUAUAACUGGUGAAAUAAAACCCAUUCAGGAUCAACCACUGCCACUGAUUGAUGUUCCCGAGGCGAAUCAUGGCAUUUGGGGUGGAGAGGCAGUUAUUAAGGGCUUCCAGAAACGCACUCCACUCAAACGUAGAGUACCACAUUUCUGGGUGCCCGUCCUAAAGCGCUCGGUAGUGUACUCGCAGGUUCUCGAUAAGUAUAUAUCGACGGUAGUGACUGCGAGAACAUUGAAUCUUAUCCACGAGAGUCAAGGAUUUGAUCAUUACCUGUUGAAGAAUCCCGCCUGUGAUUUGAGAUCCCUAUUGGCCUUGAGGCUGAAAAGGAAGAUUCUACAAGCUCUACUAGACGGUUGUCCAGAUUUAUCUAUAAACCCAGCCGAACAAAAACGUACCUUGGACGAGUACAGAAAAUAUCUCGAAGCGUAUACGGCUGAAGAGAUCGACUGGUAUGGACUUACCUAUAAGGAAGCCCUCAAGAAACUACAAGCCCAAAUACGAGCUGAGAAUCCAAUUGUUCCACACAAAGUUGAAUUCCGGGUUAAAUUAAUUGAACAAUUAAAAAAUGCCGGUAUCAAAGAGGCUGGCGGUGUUGAAGGAGGCAAAGGAGAUGAAACAGAAGAAUUGCAACUAGAUUCGCCGUCCUCGACAAAUUGGCUUUCAAAAAUGAAUCCUUUUGGAAAGAAACAUGGUGUUUAGUUUUUGAUCUUUCGUUUUAAAAUAAAUUGUUAGUCCGCAAACCAUUUGGGAUGUCUUGUA